AUGGCGUCUGUAAUCGCAGGCACGAAGCGCAAAGCAGGUCCCGCCCCCGAAGCGCUGGCGCAACUGGAAACGAAUGGCUCCUCUCCGAUCAAGCGGGCCCGCGUAGCACCUGACUUCUCUGAUCGCAGCCUGUACAAGGACUCGGCUCUUGAAGAGGAGCAUGGUAUCAUACUGCGCCGAUACUACCCUCCUGAGCUCACUAAUGAGAGAGCCAAGCAAUAUGCCACCGGCUCUCUCGAGCGACCCAUCGAUGCGCUUGCCAAAGCGCUGUCUGGAACUAAGUCGGAACGGCAGAAGGUAUCAGCAGGAGAUGCUGUGAUCUUCUGGUUUAAAAUGGACGUGAGAACGUUCGAUAAUCGCGGUCUCAGUCAAGCGGCAGCGCUGGCAAAGAGCAAGGGCAUCCCGUUGAUUUGCGUCUAUUACUGCAGUCCACAAGAUUGGGAAGCCCACCUCACGUCCGCCGUCCGAGUCGACUUCACCCUACGAUGCCUCAAAAUUUUGCAAGCCGAUCUUGCCGAAUUGGACAUUCCAUUGUGGGUGGAAGAGGUGCCAAACAGAAGGGAAGUACCUGCCCGCCUCCUGGAUUUGGCGGACAAGUACGGCGCAAAGCAUAUCUUCUGCAAUGUCGAGUACGAAGUCGACGAAUUGCGACGCGAAGCAAGUCUGGUUCGGCAGGCUUUGGAAAGAGGCAUUGCCUUCGAUGCCAUCCACGACACAUGCGUCGUUGAUCCUGGAGAGCUUAAGACAGGUGCUGGCGGGCAAAUCAGCGUAUACAGUCCUUGGCACCGUAAGUGGUGCGCAUACCUGAACGCUCACCCGGAGUCGCUUGACGCAUGCCCUGCGCCGGAAGGGAACCCAUCAGGAACAAGAGAACGCUUGUCAGCGCUUUUCGACUGUGACAUUCCAUCUGCUCCCCAAACCAAAUCUCUCACGGCCGAAGAAAAGCAGAAAUUUGAAUCGAUGUGGCCGCCCGGCGAACACGAAGCGAUGGACAGACUCCAGAAGUUCAUCAAAGAGCGCAUCUCGCGGUAUCACGACACGCGUAACCUACCGGGCGGCGAUGGUACGUCGACACUCUCUGCGCAUCUGGCAGCCGGGACUAUCGCCGCUCGUACAUGCGUGCGCGAAGCACUGGAAUCUGCGCCUGGCAAGAAGCGAGAGAUCAGCGACAGCAGGAAACAGGGCCACAGCAUGUGGUAUGGCGAGGUAGCCUGGCGGGACUUUUAUAAGCACGUGCUUUGCAACUGGCCCUACAUCUGCAUGAGUAAGCCUUUCAAGCCGGAGUAUUCGAAUAUCGAGUGGGAAUAUGACACCGAACAAUUCAAGGCGUGGACAGAAGGACGGACGGGAUUCCCAAUCGUCGAUGCUGCAAUGCGUCAGGCGAAGGAGUCGGGCUAUAUGCACAAUCGGUGUCGAAUGAUCGUCGCAUCUUUCCUGGCCAAGGAUCUUCUUAUUGACUGGCGAAUGGGCGAACGCUGGUUCAUGGAGAACCUGAUCGAUGGCGACUUUGCAUCUAACAAUGGUGGAUGGGGCUUCAGCGCGAGCUGCGGUGUUGACCCACAACCAUACUUCCGCAUCUUCAAUCCCCUGCUUCAAAGUGAGAAGUUCGACACUGAUGGGAGCUAUAUCAGAAAGUGGGUGCCCGAACUGAAAGACGUGAAGGGAAACGCAAUCCACGAUCCGUAUGGACGCAAGGCGGAAGCUAUUGCAAAGAAAGCCGGCUACCCAAAACCGAUGGUCGUUCACAAAGAUGCAAGGGAGAAGUGUUUGACGAGAUACAAGGAGGGCAUUGGGAGGAGUACGGCAUGA